AUGGCGCCAAUUUUCAAUAUGGCGGAUCAACAAAGUCUGCAAGGGUGCAAGAAAGACGAAUUAAAAACGUGGCUUAAAGCUCGUGGACUUAAAGUUUCAGGAAGAAAACAAGACUUGAUCACUCGUGUAACAAAAGCCGAACAAGACGGCACUGAAUUACUUGUGAACAGGGAAAUGAGAGAGAAAAAUGAGCGAGAGAAAAGAAUGAUCGACAAGCUUAAAACUCCGUUUGAGGAUCUCCCAAAUCCUAAAACACUAAACAACUGGACCGAGGAUCUCUCAUAUCUACCGGUCAUAACUGUUAAUGAAAUUAAGGACUAUUUAGUGUAUGGAAAAUGCAAAUUCUACGCAAAAGAAGACAUGAAGUGUUUUAAACAGCUAAAAGCUUUCUUCUUGUACAUGGAUGGCCAUGUACAAGAUAUUAAACUUAGUAUUAUUAACGCAACUAGUAAUUAUUGCUUCGUAAAAGCAAAGAUUUUACCAUCAAUGCGCACAGACCGUGUUUAUGAGACCUGGAUUUCCGUCGUUAAAGAAACUGCUAAAGUCUUAUCUGCAGAUUGUAACUGCACAGCAGGGUAAGCAACAUGCAUGCAUCUGUUUGCGUUCUUGUUAUAUAUGUUUUUACGAUAUUCUAAAUUAUAAAUAAGAUAUUAAGCAAGCAAACAAACAAACAAUAGUUGGAUGUAUAAUAUUCUUGGUUGACAUGUAGUUUUCUUAAUUAAUUUUGCUUCUGUUUGUAGGUUAGGUGAAGCAUGCAAUCAUAUUGCAGCAUUACUGUUUGCUGUUGAGGAUUAUGCCAAGACCUAUAAUCAACCCUCCUCCAGUAGCACUUCGUGUACAUCAAAGCCGUGUGAAUGGAACAAACCACGUAGCAGAAAACUCAGUCCCAAGGAAAUAAGUCAAAUGACACCAGUUAAACAUCAGUAUGGGAAAAAGCCAAGGCUACCAGCAGUACCUAGUUCUGGUGAGUACAAUGCCUGCUCAGCAAAACAGAACUCGUUUUUGCUCAAUCUCACCAAUAGCCUCAAAACUGUAAAUCCACACUGUGUCCUUUUUACUGUUGUUGAAAAAGAGGGCAAAGAAGACACAGAAAUGUCAUAUGACAUUUCAUGUGAUAACAAUGUUGGGGCUUAUGAAGAAGUUUCAACAACCAAAGUUUUGGAAUCACCCACUACCCCAGAAGUUUUAAUGUCACCGACUACUCCAAGCCUUAUUGGUAUUAUUCCGAAUAAUCAUAUGUCAACAGUUAUGACAAUCAGUUGUCCCAUCCAGAGCCCUUUGAAAAAUGCAACACGAAUCCCACUCCAAUCUUUGCAACAAAAUAUUUUAAGUGUUCGUGAAUCACAGAUAGCACAAGUAGCAAGCAGUUCCACUUCAAAGUAUAUUCCAAUAAAGCUUCCACUAAUCGAUGAUUUUGUCAGAGAAAUGGAACUUCCAGAAAAUUUAUCUGAGGAUGCCAGACAAUUUUUUAAUGAUUCAGUAAAG